GGAAAAUAACAGGUAGCCUUAUCCGUCUGCCUCUCGCACCCAGAUACACCCAGGAGGGACGAGGGGAGAAAGAAAUCAUCAUAAACCCCCUUUUGACGCCGGAUUUCACCCCUUUCAUGCGCGUUAUUGUGCGGAGGAAGAAGCCGUGCGCUGGGGUAAAAACAGCCGGGUUGAAUCGCAACGUGUUUGUUGAGUGUCACCGCAGUCUGGCUGUGUUUUUGUAUGAAGCAGCCUGAUUUAAUGGGGCUGCCGACAGCCCGUCUCCCCGCCUCUGGACAGAUGAUCCUCGAUUGAAUUUAAUCCAUACAAGACGACUUUUUGGAUAUGGAAUGGUGCAUGCCGCUGGGCCAAGUUUUCAGCCUCUGAACAACACCGGAAUCAUGGACAGUCAUCCGCUGUGCACCAGACUCUGUCCACACACUCUGGACAAAGAAGAUGGAGUGGAGAGGCAGGGUCCCGUCACCCUCAACCCUCGGCACAUGAGGAAGGCGUUCAAAGUCAUGAAUGAGCUGCGCAGCCAGAGCUUGUUGUGUGAUGUGACCAUAGUGGCAGAGGAUGUAGAGAUCUCUGCUCACAGGGUGGUGCUGGCUGCAGGGAGCCCAUAUUUCCAUGCUAUGUUCACUGGUGAAAUGGCAGAGAGCAGGGCAAAGCGAGUGAGGAUAAAGGAGAUGGACGGCUGGACUCUGGGCUUGCUGGUGGACUACAUCUACACAGCAGAGAUACAGGUCACCGAGGAGAAUGUGCAGGCGUUGCUUCCUGCAGCCGGUCUCCUCCAGCUGAACGAGGUGAAAAAAGCGUGUUGUGAGUUUCUGAGCUCUCAGCUUCAUCCGUCCAACUGUCUGGGAAUACGAGCGUUUGCUGACCUGCAUGCCUGCUCUCAGCUGCUCACACAGGCCAACAGCUACGCAGAACAACAUUUCACAGAGGUGGUAGGGAGUGAAGAGUUCCUCAAUCUGGGAAUGGAGCAGGUGUCCAGCCUGAUCGCUAGUGACAAGCUCACCAUCCCCACCGAGGAGAAGGUCUUUGAGGCAGUGAUAGCCUGGGUGAACCAUGACAAAGACGUCCGACAGGAACACUUGGCUCACCUGAUGGAACAUGUUCGUCUACCGCUUCUCUCCAGAGAAUACCUGGUGCAGCGGGUGGAGGAGGAGUCUCUGAUUAAGAACAGCAGUGCAUGUAAAGAUUACCUGAUCGAGGCCAUGAAGUAUCACCUGCUGCCAGCUGACCAGAGGGCUCUGAUGAAAACUGCACGCACGCGCAUGAGAACUCCAGCCUGCUGUCCUAAGGUGAUGGUGGUGGUUGGAGGCCAGGCUCCAAAGGCGAUCCGCAGUGUGGAGUGUUUUGACUUUGAAGAGCAACGAUGGUACCAGGUGGCUGAGCUCCCAACCAGGAGGUGCAGAGCAGGCGUGGUGUACGUAGGUGGCUGUGUGUAUGCAGUUGGUGGUUUCAACGGUUCUCUGCGAGUGCGAACGGUCGACUGCUAUGACCCGAUGAUGGACCGCUGGACGAGCGUGAGCAGCAUGCAGGACCGCCGAUCCACACUUGGGGCAGCUGUGCUCAACGGGCUACUGUACGCAGUGGGGGGCUUUGACGGCAGCACAGGUCUGUCCACGGUGGAAGCAUACAACACUAAAACAGACGAGUGGUUCCAUGUGCUACCCAUGAGUACCAGACGAAGCAGUGUAGGAGUGGGUGUUGUUAAUGGGAUCCUGUAUGCAGUAGGAGGUUAUGAUGGUGCUACUAGGCAGUGUUUGAGCACAGUAGAAGCUUACAACCCUAAAAGUAAUACAUGGAGUUACAUCGCAGAGAUGGGCACAAGACGCAGCGGAGCAGGUGUCGGUGUGCUAAAAGGUUUACUGUACGCUGUCGGGGGUCACGAUGGUCCACUGGUGAGAAAAAGUUGUGAAGUUUAUGAUCCAGCCUCUAACAGCUGGCGACAGGUAGCUGACAUGAACAUGUGUCGACGUAACGCAGGUGUGUGUGCUGUAAAUAACUUUCUCUACGUGGUGGGAGGAGAUGAUGGCAGCUGCAAUCUGGCUUCUGUGGAGUUCUAUAACCCGAACACGGACAAGUGGACACUACUGCCCACCUGUAUGAGCACAGGGCGCAGUUAUGCAGGUGUGACAAUAAUUGACAAGCCCUUAUGACUGCUCUGAGCACCUGCAGCCUAAUCUGAGCAGAGUGUGUUCUCCUGCUGAAUACUGAUCUUGGAUCUGUCUAUGAUGCCAAUGCUUCACUGUUGGGCAGCAUUAGCGCAGGCACUGACGAAGAUGAAGAAAAAUGACAAGAUUGUUGUUGCAGAGGAUAAGGAUGAAGAUUUUUGCACUUAAACCUGCACAGAAGGAGGGUGUAAUGAACAGAGGAUGGGGGAGGUUGAACCCGCAUUUGAAUGCCCUCUUGGCAGGACUGCCACAGCGACUGUACCACUGCAGUGUCAUUGAAAACGCUACUGAUAUGAAGCUACUUUAACUGCAAAGUUACUUUAACUUUAGUAAUGUUAACAUGAACCAGCGAGGAGGAGAGGAGAGGAAGACAGAGAACGACCACUUGGGACUAAAAAUCUUUGUUUCUCCUUCGUUUUUAUCCUGAAAUGUGUCUGAGGUUGAGUGUGCGUGUUUGUGUGUGCGCUUGCAUUUAAAGGUGCUCCUUUGCUUGCACAUGUGAGCAUGUGUGUUUGUGUGCAUCUGAGUUUCUCUGUGGUGGUUUGACGCCGCAUGAAUGCACUCCGUCUGACCUCUGAUCUUUUACAGUGUUGCAGUGUGCCUGAAUGUCGAAGUACAACCCUGUUUUUCUUCUUCUCCUGUGUUACACCUCAAGUACUGUUAGUGGACAGAGCACAGCUGUUCUCGGAUCAAAGAAAUCCAUUUGAGGACUGAUGGUUCAUCCGGUUGUGUUAGCCGGCAUGAACGUCAAACUUUCUGAGAGGAAGUUGAAGACAUGUACAUUUCUCCCCAAAAAAGCUACUUUUACUGGAAUAAAAGUCGUCUAGGAAAGGAGAAUAAUUGUUCAUGUUGCCAAAAACAGUGACAGACGGAGGGAGAAGCUGUUUGAGCUGCAAACAGGUGGAUGUAUCAGUCAUCUUUGCCGUGGUUGUAACCCCUAACGACAGCCUGAACUCUCUGCAUGGUCCUCGUUUCUCUCCUCUCCUUUUGGUGUAGCAACCUUAUUAACUACUGCACACCCUGACGUACUAUGAAUGUGCCAAUUUUAAUAUGUCUCUUUUUUCUGUCUCUCUUCUUUACUACUUUACUAAUCUGUUCUCUCUCUUUCUGGAAAGUGACCAAACCUGCUCUUGUGUUUCUUUUUCUUCAGUCUCUUUCUCUUUCCUCUCCUCCUAUAACGAGAAAAAAACCUGCUAUAAUAGUAUCUGGUAUUGAUGUUUCUUGUCAGUGUAUUGAGGAAUGUCAUGUAGGCUAAUGACUUUGCAAAUGUUUCAUUACUUGUUUUAUAUUAUCAUUAAUAAAUAUGCUUCUUGUAUUUAAAGCUGUGAAAUGAUAUAAUCUGUUUUUAAAACUUUGC